CAAGAACUGAAGAAUAAGAAGAAGAAUCUUUCAGACCGCAGAUCUUUGUCUCAGCCCUCUCUCUCUCUAUUUCCCACACUCCUGUCUAAUGGCGCCGAAGGACAAGAUCGAGAACCCUCCUGUUGCCUCUUCCAGUGAAGAGGAAGAAGAAGAAGAAGAGUCUGGUUCUUCUGAAGAAGAAUCCGCGUCUUCAGAUGAAGGACCCGGUGAUGUCCAAUCCAAACCCACUCAGAAACCUCCUGCUGCUACAAAGAAGCCUGAAUCCGACUCCGAAGAAGGAGAAUCCGAAUCAGAAUCCGAUUCAGAUUCCGAGCCUCCGACCAAAACUAAACCUCUCAACACUGUCGUCACCAAACCAAUCCCAUCUCUACCUGAAAGCAGCUCCACAGCGAAACGCUCUCUGAAGCAAGCCGAUAACGAGCCUAAGAAGAAGGCAAAGACAUCAUCAACUGAUGAGCAAGUGAAGACUUCAACAAAAACAGAUGAAGAUGUUAAGAAGAAUUCAAUGUUUCAGAGACUCUUCAGCGAGACUGACGAGAUUGCAAUGCUUCAAGGCUUUCUUGACUUCACUUCCACUAAAGGAGACCCUUCAGAGAACAUGGACGCCUUCUGCGAAUACGUCAAGACUUUGAUAGACUUUAAUGCCUCCAAGGCUCAGAUUGUUACAAAGCUCCAGAGGUGUAAGAAGAAGUUUGUUAAUAUAGUCAAGAACUCGCUUAAGAAAGGGAAGACUGAAGAUAAGAUCACUUGUGCCAAAGAUCUUGACCAGAAGGCUUUCGAGUUGUCGAGGAAGAUUUGGGGGAGUGAUGGUGUUCUUCCUGCUAAACAGAGGAAGAUGUCGAAAGAGGUUGAGUUAGUGUCUACUCCCAAGAAAGAAGUGAAAGUGAGUGUUGUGGGGAAUCAUCGUGUCGUGGAGAGUAGAGAGGUGGCGACGUUCUUUAAGGCAGAGAAUGUGAGUGUUUUGGGUUUGGAUGAGGCUACUUUAAGUGGGGUUUGGGAUAUGGUUGAGGAUGGAGUGAAGAAGAGGGAGAUGGAGGAGAAGGUGAAGAUGCUAAAGGCUAAGCAGAUGGAGCUGUGUUUGCAGAGAACUGCAUUAGUGGACUAUACUGCAAAGAUGAUAUUCAAAAACAAUGCAUCCUCCUCCUCUUCAUGAUUAGUCAUAUUGAUGUUUGAAACUUUUAAUUGUUCAUUUUAGCUUCUUUAUUCCUUUAUGUUGGACUCUUGGUUUGGGUAUAAGACCCUGAAAUACUACUUUUUCUUCAAAGAUGAUAUUCAAAAACAAUGCAUCCUCCUCCUCUUCAUGAUGAUGAAGCUAUUCAUGUUUUAAUUGUUCAUUUUAGCUUGUGGAGCUAAUCAU